AUGAGAAAGCACCGUUUGAAGCUUUUCAUCAUCAAUAUCUUAACUUCAAGAAAUGACAAUAUUCACUAUUUCUCAUUUAACGAGGUAGAAGUUGGCAGAAUGGGCCUCAGCAUUCGUUUGCUGACAUUCAGCCGUGGCUAUGCCACCCGAUCAGGCGGUUCUCGUAUCAAGCCAACAUUAAGUCUCGACCAGUUCAUCCAAAGAGGCCGAGUCUUGGCUUUCUACCGCACUAUCCUCCGCGGGACCAAAAAGAUCGCCGAUCCUACAACAAGAGCCGAGUCUCGAAAAUACGCCCGUGACGAAUUUGAACGGCGUCGCAACGUCGCAGACGCUGUAUGUUCCCUCAUUCGCUUCUCAACCAAUUCACUAACUGUUCUCUCCAAGUCACACGUUCGGUAUCUCCUUUCAAUUGGAAAGACGGAGUGGGAAGGCAUGGAGAGGUAUAUCGAUGGCAUGUAGCGCAGCAGUUGUGAAUAUAGUGGUAGUUGUACAUGACGAACGAUUCCAGCCCCAGCGCUGUCGUCAUUUUCUCAAAUUCCAUAGAAUGUUUAUUCAAGGCUUCUCGCUGAAAGAAUCGCCCUCAGUAGUUCGUUCGUUCUAUCACGCAUAAUGUUUCCCAUUGCCCCGUCCAGCAAUGUCCGAAUCGCAGUUGAUUCACACAUAUCGUACAUAUCCUCCCGUAUCCCGCCAUUCGUAUUUAACCUUGUCGUUGCUUGUGUCGAGG